AUGGCACCCCAACUUCAUAAGGUGGCAGUGAUCGGAGCUGGUGUUUCGGGCCUUUUGACGGCCCGGGAGCUUCAAAGAGAAGGCCAGCAGACUGUGGUGUAUGAGAAAUCAAACCAAAUUGGUGGAGUCUGGGUGUACGAUCCUGAAGUCGAGACUGAUCCGCUUGGCCUCGACCCUAAUAGGAGAAUCAUUCAUAGCAGCAUGUACGAUUCACUUCGGACAAAUUUACCUAAGCAACUUAUGGAAUUUACAGAUUAUUCCUUCACAAUCGAGAAAAAUGGUAAAUAUUUGUACUUUCCUGAUCGCAAGGAGGUGCUCAAAUUCUUGAAUGAUUUUGCAAGAGAUUUUGGACUGGAUCACUGGAUUCGGUUUAACACUGAAGUAGUUUCUGUUGAGCAAAAGAAUGGUAAGUGGGUUCUUGAGUCUAAAACAAGUGAUGUUGAUCAAACCAAUCAAAAAGAGCUUUUCGAUGCGGUCGUGAUUUGUAAUGGUCAUCAUACUCAACCAAAAUUGGCAGACACUCCAGGAAUUAAAAAGUGGCCCGGAAAACAAAUUCACAGCCAUAAUUAUCGCGUUUCUGAUCCUUACAAGGACCAGGUUGUGGUUGUGAUUGGUAACGGGCCAAGUGGCUACGGCAUAGCCUUUGACAUUGCCAAGGUAGCCAAAGAAGUUCAUGUUUCAUCAAGAUUCCCGCAAGUUGAAGUCAGAAAACUCGAGACCUACGAAAAUAUAUGGCAGCAUUCAAAGAUCGAAUAUUGUCAUGAAAAUGGUGCGGUAGCUUUCGAGGAUGGAGCUUUGGCUGCUGCAGAUAUCAUAAUUCACUGUACCGGGUAUAAAUAUGAUUUCCCAUUCUUGAAAACAAAUGGGAUAGUUACUGUGGAUGAUAAUCGCGUUGGACCAUUGUACAAGCACGUUUUCCCUCCAGGACUUGCUCCUACACUUUCUUUCGUUGGAAUCCCAAAAAAGGUAGCGAAGGGGGAGAUCCGUUUAGAUAAGCUAGGCAUGUCAUCUGUUAGAAGGAUAGUAAGGGAGGCGGAGCAGCCAGACCGGGUGGGGGACAUUCUGUAA